AUGAGGAUGAUGAAGGUAACGUUGAUGGUUGUGAUGAUGAUGGUGUUGGUCGGAACCAUAAUAGAUGAGAUCAAGGCUGAGGAUUACUCACAUGAGGAUUGUGUGAAACGGUGUGUACACAGGUGCUUUGAUAACCCUGAUAAGAAUUGCGUUCGCCAAUGCAUCUUUUUUAACUGCGGUCCUCCUUCUCUUCCUACCAAUGUUUAA